CAUGCACACGCUUAUGUACUCCAAGUCUGAGUUCAGAUUGGAAUCUGACGAACUUCUGACAGAGCAUACAGAACUGUGCUAGAAAUAUAAUGUUUUAGGAUACGAAAGUGAAAGAACACUGUAGAAGAUAGUUCGUGUUCAAUUCAUCAAUACUCUUUAUGCAACUGCAGCUUCAGCUGAGUUGGUCAGGUCUGCAACAUGGAAGCUGAAACCAAUUCUCCAGAAGAUGCAUCUUCUGUGAGUGCCCCAUUAAUUAAGUCAAUUAAAAAUAUUGGAAGUGAAGUGAUAAUAUUUCCGCAAAAACAUGGAAAUGACGUAAAUUCUAAAUAUCCAUUGGUAGAAGAAAAAGGGAAAGCAGAUAGUAGCAAGACUGAUGAAGUCUCCGAAACAAGACCUCAAGAAAUACAUCAAGAAUCAUGUAAGGUCAGUGUGGGAAGCGAAAAACAAGCUGAAGUGCCUUCAGGCUGGUCAAAGCAAAGAGAUUCAGAAGGACAUGUUAUGAUGGAAUCAAUACCAGAAUCAAGUAUUAAAGAACAAAGAAAAGUUCCAGGUGAGCACGAGGAUGAGCACAUGUCAACAAUACCUGAAUUGGCAAUUAACCCCACUGAGAUGGCUGUAAAAAUCAGUGAGGAAGAAACAUACAAGGAGGAAGAAGAAUUAACAGCAAUAGAUAAUGACCAGAGCUGCAUGCCAGAAAAUGAACUUGAGCAAACGAGUAAAGCUCUCGAGGUAAUUGAUCAAACCCAAUUCACGGGCAAAGAUACAGCAGAUAAUGAACAUGCGAACCACCAAUUGGAAGAACCCAGCACGGAGAAUGUGAUUACAAAGCAUUCCAACUCAGAACAGUUCCCAACGGAAAGCAGCAUAAAAUCAAAAUGUGAUGAGGAACCCCUAGAAAAGAUUCUUGAAUUAUACUCUGUUGAUAAUUCAGAGAUAAAAAAAGACGGAAAAGUCAUGUCAGAGAAGGAAAUAGGUGUGCCUGUAGAUGGGACCAUGAAAACUUUAUCAACUACAGCAUGUGUUGGCGCUGCAGAGUUAGAGAACAAGGAUGAAGGAGAAUUCACACUUGAGAAAGCAAAAGAAAUGGAAGCAGCAACAGAUAGUCCACCUGAGAAUAAAGACCAGCCUGCAGUGUCCACUUCUGAAUUUGUCAAAGGUCACACUGACGAAAUCUCACAGCAACAAACACAUAAAAAUGAUGAAACACCAGUUAUUGACACUGAGAAGAGCAGUACAGAACCUGAGGAUGAUGAUAAAUUAUAUAAAGAAGCGAAAGAAAUUGAAGCAGCAAUGGAAACACAGUUAGUAAACACUGAAACAGAAAGUCUCCCAAAGGAACAAGUCCAGCCAAGAUUGCUCACACCUGAUAUUGUCCAACAAAACACUGAUCAAAUCAUAAAGCAACAACCACUUAAUCAAGAUCAACCAGACAUGAUUGAUAAUGCCCAGAGCUACAUAGCUGAAAAGGAACCUGACAGAUUAUCCACAGUUAUUGAGGAACCUGUAGAACUUGAAACCAAGCACAACAUCAGCUUAUUAAAAGAACAAGCAAACCAACAAUCAGAAGAAACUAGCAUGCAGAAUGUCACUACAAAUUAUAUAAUAGAAGGACAUGUCACAUCAGAAAGCAGCAUAAAAGUAGCUGAUGAUGUCCACAAAUCGGACUCAAUAAAGAAUUUAGAGAAGAAAGAUGAAAAUGAAAUCAGAGAAGAGGAAGCAACGGAUGUCAAACAAUCGACUAAUGUGGAGAUACCAAAAAGAGAAGCUAAAGGGAGGUCUGAAGAUAAAGCCCUGCAGACAUUACCCAGUGCAGAAUUGGUCGGAAACAAAGCAAAUGAUGAGUGUUUUCAAGGAGAUAUAAAACCAGAAGCAGGACUUGCAGUGACAUAUGCAAAUGAGAAGCAAGCACUGCAACAUGAGUUCGACACAAAAGAAGAAAUUCCAGAGGAAGAGGCAUGCAAGCUCAUUGCAGAAAGUGAAGCGAAAUCAGAACCCCAGAUUGUAGCACAGAACAAUGAGACCACAUGCAUUAAGCAUCCAUAUUUGGAUGGAGAGACUUCAGAAAUAAAUCCCACUAAUGAUAUUAUAGAGCAAGAGAUUACAAUGUCUCAUGCGAAGGAGAAACUAGCAAUUGAGGAUGACAAGAACUUCAAUCUAGAGAAAGAAAAAGGGACAGAAAAAGAAACAAACAUGCAGCUAGAAGACACUACAGAAAGUGAGCCAAAAGAGGAACCUAUACAACCAAUAGCUAGAGCAGAAUUAGUCAGAACCAAAGCACAUGAUGAGAGUAGUCUAGAAGCAAAUGUUACAGUGAAAUCAAACAAAGAGGUGCAAACAUCUAAUGUUAUAGAGAAAGAAGAGAUUCAGGAUACUGGAAAGUGCAGUCAAGUGGAAGAAAAAACGAUUAAAGAACCUACAAAAUCACAGUUAAAGGAGGAAGAAGUCCAGACAAGAUCACCCACUCCUCCACCCACUCCUCCCUCUGUACAAGGUGAUACUAAUCAAAUUCGGCAGCAAGAAACACUGUACAUCGACGAGUCAGAAAUAAAUGAUAAUGACAAGCAGGGCUGCAUACCAAAAAUUGCACAAGACAUACAAUUGACUAUUGCUCAGGAAACUGAAAAACCAGAAACCAAAGUCAGUGUUGGAAUAGUGACAGAGAAAUUAGACAACAAGCAUGCAAGUGAAAUCAGAUCAGAGGAAGGAACAGAUGCCAAACAAUUGACUGAUGUGGAGAUACCAAAGUCAGAAAUAGAAGGUGUGCCAAAAGAAGCUCAACAACCAAUAGCCAAUACAGUAUUGGUGGGAACCAGGGUAUAUGAUGAGGGUUGUCGAGAAGACACAGAGUCAGAAGAAGAUGCUAAAGUACUAUCUAACGAUGAGGAGCAAAAACCAGAAUAUGUUACUGAGGGAACUGUAGGAAUAAAAGCCACUAAUUAUACAAUUGAAAAAGAAGAGGUUCCAACAUCUCCUGUCAGUGUGAAAGAAGGGAUUGAGAAUAUUCGAAAAUUCAUUAAAGAAGAAGAAUCAAAAAGGGUAAAAGAAGAAACAAAAAUGCAGUUACAGGACGAACAAGGCCAGACAAGAUCACCCACUCCUGCCUUUGUCCAAGGUGACACUAAUAAAAUUCCUCAGCAAGAAACACUGUGCAUUGAUGAAUCAGAAGCUUUUGAUAAUGCCAAGCAAUGGUGCAUACCAGCAAUUGAACUUGAGAAAAACACCACUGUUGCACAGGAAACAAGAAAUCCAGAAACCAAGGAUAAAGUCAACACAGUAGCAGAGAAUUUAGGCCACAAGGAUGUAACAGAAAUCAAGGCAGAGGAAGGAACAUAUGCCCAACAAUCUACUGAAGUGGAGAUGCCAAAGUCAGAGAGAGAUGGUAUGCCAAUAGAUGAAGCUCAACAACCAAUAGCGAAUGCAGUAUCAGUCAGGUCCAAAGCACUUGAAGAAAGUAGCCAAGAGAUACCGCCAAAAGCAUAUGUUAAAUCUAACAAAGAGGUGAAAACACCAGAAUCUGUUACUAAUGAAGUAGUAGAAAUAAGCACCACUAACUAUACUGAGAAACAAGAUGUCCCAAAGGCUCAUGUCGGAGAGGGAGAAAGGAUUGGGGAUAAAUUCAAUCAAGAAAAAGAAGAAGGAAUUGAAGCAACAAACACGCAGUUACUGGAGGAAGAAGUUCAGAUAAGAUCAUCCACUCUUGUAUCAGUUCAAGGUGAUACUAAUCAAAUACCACAGCAAGAAACACUACACGUUAAUGAAUCAGAAGUGAUUGAAAAUGCCAUUGUUGUUCAGGAAUGGGAAGUAUCUGAAACACAGGACAAUGCCGGCACAAUAAUAGAGAAUUUAGACAAGGAUGCAAGUGAAAUCAGAGGAAAGGAUGGAACAGAAGCCAAACAGUUCACUGAUUUGGAGAUGUCAAAGUCAGAAACCGAAGAAGAGAUUCAAGACAACAGAAAAUUCAAUCAAAGGGAAGAAGAAAUAAAGAUUGACGAAGUAACAGGAAUGCAAACACCACAGGAAGAAGUCCACACAUGAUAAGAGUCAAUUCAAUAUAAGUUAAUUGUAAUACAU